GAUUUUCUUGAUUCUUUAUUUUUUCACUCAAGAACCAGUGAUGCACAUUAGUACAAAACCUUUCAAAUGGAAUAAGUGUAACAAAUCUUUUAAACAAGGCUCACACUUUACUAUGCAUCAGAUAGGCCAUGCUGAAGAGAAACAAUUUCUAUGUGAUAUAUGUGGCAAGGUCUUCAAUCAGAAAUCAAACCUUAGAAGUCAUCAGAGAAUGCACACUGGAGAGAAGCCUUAAAAAUAUAAUGAAUGUGGCAAGGUCUUUAGUCACAGUUGCUACCUUGUACAACAUCUGAUAAUUCAGACUGGGGGAAAAUCUUAUAAAUGCAAUGAAUGUGGCAGGGUCUUUAGUCACAGAUCAUAGCUGGCAAACCAUCAGAGAAUCCAUACUGGAGAGAAACCUUAUAAUUGCAGUGAAUGUGGUAAAGUGUUCAGUCAUAGGGCAUCCCUAGUAAAGCAUCAAAGAAUCCAUACUGGAGAGAAACCUUACGAAUGUAAUGAAUGUGGUAAAGUGUUCAUUUGUAACUCACACCUUGCAGAACAUCUGAUAAUUCACAAUGGAGAGAAACCUUUUAAAUGUAAUGAAUGUGGCAAGGUGUAGUCCAGUUCCCACCUUGCUUGUCAUCGUAUCAUUGAUACUGGAGAGAAACCUUACAGAUGUAAUGAGUGCGGACAGAUCUUCAGUCACAAUUCAUACCUUGCAUGUCAUCAGAGGAUUCAUACUGGAGAGAAACCGUACAAAUGUGAAUGUAGCAAAGUAUUCAGUGAAAACUCAUCUCUAGCACAUCACUGGAGAAUUCAUACUAGAGAGAGACCUUACAAAUGUAAUGAGUGUGGCAAGGUCUUCAAUCAAAUAUCACACCUUGUAAAUCAUCGAACAAUUCACAUCAGAGAGAAACCAUACAAAUGCAAUGAAUGUGGAAAAGUGUUGCAUCAAAUUUCACACCUUGCCCAACAUCAAAUAAUUCACACUGGAGACAAACCUUUCAAAUGUAAUGAAUGUGGCAAGGUAUUUAGUCACAACUCCUACCUUGCACAACAUCUAAUAAUUCAUACUGGAGAAAAGCCUUUCAUAUGUAAUGAAUGUGGCAAGGACUUCAGACAGAAGUCAUACCUAGCAAGUCAUCAGAGAAUCCAUACUGGGGAGAAACCUUACAAAUGUAGUGAAUGUGCCAAUGUUUUCAGGUAUAGGUCAUCUCUAGCAAAGCAUCAAAGAAUCCAUAGUGGAGAGAAACCUUACAAAUGUAAUUAAUAAUGUUAAUCGUGUUAGGGUUAGUCUUGUCCUUUCCUUUGAAGCAAAAGGAUGAUAAAGAGUAACACAAAAGCAUAUGCAAAUAGAAAACUCCCAGGCAUAAAUUAGU